AUGGAAUCCAUGAUGGAAUGCUACCUAGCAGCCCAACAACAGCAAAAUGAAAUAAUCAAACAGCUAGCCUCCAGAAUGGACCUACUUGCCACCCAUAACAAGAUGCUUGAAAAUCAAAUUGCUCAACAAGCAAGCUCUUCAAGCAAAAUUGCUGGUAAGCUGCCUAGUCAACCGGAGAUGAUCCCAAGAGAGUACUGUAAGGCAGUUACAUUGAGGAGUGGAAAAAUUUUAGAACAUUCAGAGGAAGAAUCAACUAAGAGAACCUUUGAUAAAUGUGAAAACCAAACAGAGGAGAAAAAGGAAGAAGCUAAAGAGAAUCAAGAAGAGGAAGCAAGGAAGAAAAAGAAGCUACCAGAACCAUAUCAGUCUCCUCUACCCUUUCCUCAGAGAUUCCAGAAAGCCAAAUUGGACAAGCAAUUUGAAAAGUUUCUAGAAGUUUUGCAGAAACUCUAUAUAAACAUUCCUUUUACAGAAGCACUCUCUCAAAUGCCAUCUUAUGCUAAGUUCCUCAAAGACAUUUUAUCAAAGAAAAGAAGGCUGGAGGACUAUGAGACUGUUGCUCUUACAGAGGAAUGCAGUGCCAUAUUGCAAAACAAGCUGCCACCAAAACUCAAGGAUCCAGGAAGCUUCUCCAUACCUUGUUUUAUCGGUAACAUGAAUAUAGACAAAACCCUCUGUGAUCUACGUGCAAGUGUGAGUCUACUGCCUUUGUCAAUAUAUAAGAAGCUUGAUGUGGGGGAACUUAAGCCUACAAUAAUUUCAUUACAACUGGCUGAUCGAUCUGUGAAAUACCUUGUGGGCAUUCUAGAAAACAUCCCUAUCAAGGUGGGAAAAUUCUUUAUCCCAUUUGAUUUUAUUAUACUGGAAAUGGAAGAGGACGUCCACAUCCCUAUAAUCCUAGGAAGACCUUUUUUAGCAACUGCUGAAGCUGUCAUAGACUUUAAGAACGGACAGUUAACUCUCAAUGUAGGAGAUGAAGAAGUGGAGUUCAACCAGUUUAGCGCAAUGAAACACAAACUUGAACCUGAUGAAUGCUUCAAGGUUGAUAUAAUUGACAACCACACAGCAAAGAAGAACAACACGGAAAUUGCAGCCUGUGCGCAAUCCUUGACAGCUAAUCCACCCCUACUAUUGGCUCAAGUUUUCGCUAUAGAAGAGUUAAAGGAGGAACAGCCCAAAGACAAGCUUCAGGAAAACACCAAACAAGUGGAACUGAAACCUCUUCCCUCUACGCUAAGGUACGCAUUCCUGGACUCAAAUCUUGAAUAUCCUGUUAUUGUCAAUGUCAGUCUAUCUGAAAUAGAAGAGGAAAAAUUGCUAAGGGUGCUUAAGACCCAUAGCAAGAGCAUAGGGGUAUCGCCUCCAAACAUGACUUAUCAGCAAAAGAAGAAAUUUCUGCAUGAUGUGCGAUUCUAUAUAAGGUUGGGUUAUCGUGUUGACACCACUGUUAUCAAAUGCGCACCUGAGGCGCGCCAGACGCAACCCCAGGCGCCUCGGGACAGCCAAGGCGCACCACCUCAUCGAGGCGCACUGUGGCACGAGGCGCAUCGUGACGAGGAAGAAAAUGAUGAUGAUGAAGAUGUUGAUUUGGAAGAUGAGUAUGAGGAGAAUAAUGAAGAAGAUGAAGAAGAUGAAGAGGAUUUUGAUAUUUCUAUUGAUGUGGAUUGA